UUCAACGUAUCUUCUAGCUUUAACUUGUAGCGAUAAACAAAUAAUUUUGUCCCUUCUUAAAUUAAUCUUAACACUGAAUUAUACGGGAAGACGAAUGAAAUGGCUUAUCGUCCUAAUGAUUAUGAAUGUGGCUAUGAUGAAUCGAGAUUUAAGAAUGCUGUUGAUGAAAAUUUUCGCUGUGCAAUUUGUCUUAAUGUCAUGAAAGAUGCCAGAAUGUGCCAUAAUCAACACAGUUUUUGUCGUAAAUGUAUUGAAGAACAUCUACGAGUUAAUGCACAAAGAUGUCCUCAAUGUCAAGAUAAUUUGACAGUAGCUGCGCUUCUUCCAUCGCGUGUUAUAAAUAACUUGAUUUCUAAGUUUAAAGUCAGCUGCGACUACGCUAUUCGUGGUUGCAAAGAAUGUAUAAAUGUUGAAGAUCUUGAACGACAUGUUGAAAAUUGUGGUUUUGCUCCAGUGUUGUGUUCUAAUGAACGUUGUGACAAGGAGAUAAACAAACGAGACAAGAUUAAACAUGAAACUGAAUUAUGUAAAUACAGAAAGAUUCCUUCUCACGAUUUUGCGGAGAUAAAAGAAAUGUUUCAACAAAGUUCUAAGGAUCAAGUAAAAAUGUCAAUUGAUAAAUUAAAUGUAAAAAUGGAACAAGUCAAAGCUGAAAUAGAUAAAAAACUUGUUGAUGUAUGUGGUCUGUCUACGAAAAUACACAAAGAAAUGAUGGAAUCGAAAGGAGAAAUAAGAAAUAUUCAACAA